UCAUUUUAAUCAUAGUUCCCAACACACACACACACACACAUCCCUAUACCAAUCAAAGUCCGAGCUUGGCAGGCAUGGCCCUUUGGAAAAUACAAGACUGCCGACCCAUGGCCACCAAUCAGGAGGAAGAGAGCGAACUGGUGACAAGCGGUAACGAUCCAAGCGGCAUGGAGGAGGUGACCGAUCUAGACGUUGCCUACGACGAGCUGGAGGGCAUGAAGCAGCGUCUGAUCCUGCUGCGUAACAAGAUAUUAGUCCCGGAGUCGGAUGGAUUCCAGGACGACUUCGACGAUCAGGAAGUCGAAAUAGGCUUGACUCCCGAAAGCCAGCAGCUCCUAGAACUGCACCGCCACAAGUGUCAGCUCGUUCUCCGGGUUCAGGAAGCAAAGCAGCACCUGGAUGAUUCGCGAAAGGAGCUGAAGGAACUCGAUGAUUGGACCUGCCAGCUCCAAUCGCGCAUCAACCAGGCGAGGCGGAAGCUUGUCCAGUUCAAGGAGUUCAAGCUAAGGGUCAAACACCAAUUCGGGAUGUGCAUAGAGCGUUGGGAGCACCAUAAGACUCACAAAGUAGACUGCACGACCUUUCGGCGAGUAAUGGAGGAGCACGUCCACAAGGCUGAAAAUAUUCGGAAAAGCGUGUUACCCCUAAAGUGUCACAAGACCAACAGGGACCGUAUCAGCCUAGAGCUCAUGAUGUUACGCGUCUUCCUGCACAAUCUCUUCGGGUCGAUGGUCAAAGACUUUGAGUUCUUCUGCAGACACAUCGACUGCAUUGGUAGCAGCCCCAGACUUCCCGCAACCCCGUCCAAUUCGUUGUAUUCCAUCUUCCAAGAAGCCAGCAAAUAAAUUGGUUUUCCCAUCAGAAAA